UCCACAGAAAAAAUUAGUGAAUAGAUUUUUUUCAUUCUUCAUCGCUAUGUCACCAACACUUCACAAAUCAUCGAUGUCGUGGAGGAAAUUAUUUAUACUUGAGGGAUAAACCAGUCGAUGUUAACUAACUUCCACUAAGGAUAGGAAGAGUGAAUACAGCCAUCAACCUUGAAAAUAUACCUCACUCAGACAUUAUUAAUAGUUUAAACGACGAAGACUACGAAAACUCGCCGCCCACUUGGGAUUUUCAAUGGUUCGGGAGGGACUUAGUGGCUGGCAGAAACUAGUGGAUUGAUUUUUCUUUUCAGCGAUAAAUUAGUCUAUUCAUUUUUCAUAGUACUUAACUCGUGAUUUUUUGUGAAUAUUUCCUUCUCCUGCCUCUAAAAUCAUCCGUUUCAACUCACGAAAUAAUUCGUAAACCUCUCCUAUUUCCUACUCCUUAUCGUUAUGGCAUGUGGAUAUCAGCUGAAGUAUCUUCCAAGUGAAUGAGAAAAUUUGAAACAAUGAAAAUAUUUUUAGAGGAAAGUUAGUGAAUUAUUUUCUCCAAUUUUUCGUUCCAAAUAAUUAAUUUAACGUAAAGGGGUGACACAUAGCAAGUGGAUUUUAUUAAUAUCAAGAAUGAAAGAUUGGAGGAAAAAAUCUGGUAAGCCUCUUCCACAUUUUUCCCCAUAGUCCCCAAUUAAAUCAGCAGCUCUCAAGAAUAUCAUAAUAUACUGAUCCCAGAUAAUCAUUUCCCUAAUAAAUCACAAUUCUUAAAUCUCCCAAUAGCCAUUUCUCAUUACAAUGAACUCCCUGACAUGUGAACAUCGGCUAACGUGUUUUUUCCAAGCUAAGGAGAAAAAUUAAAACGAUUAAAAUUUACGUAAUCAUCCUCAGUGUCGCCAUUCCUUAUCCAUUUCCCUCCGUCAUCAUCAUCAUCAUCAUCAUCAUCAUCGCAUCUCUCUCAAUCUCUCAAUUUUUCCACCACCCCUGAUACCUUCCCCAACCUGUAUAACCCAUCUCACUUGGCCCACAGAAUCAACUGAGGACGCAUUAUUUCGUUGGUUAUACGUGGACUAGCUUGCACAGUCUCCUCUGAAAAUUUAUUUUUAGUAUAACAUCCCAACAGUAUUUGGCGCGGUGAAACAGUUUAGCCCCUCCGCCCUCGUCUACCACUUCUGAAUCGCGGCGGUGUCUUGCGUCGUUUGUCGUCUUCGAGGUGGACAUCACUCGAUCGACGUGCGUUAACGAUAAAACAACUUCCUCUCGUCGCAACAAUCUUAAAUCUAAACUCCCAAGUGAUCGGAAGAAAAAGGAAAAAAAAUGCUAGUAAAGUAAGGAAAAGGAGAGGCUGGCCCUCGCGACACUAAACCUCUUCAUCUAAAAAAUAGUGCUAAAACCCAAAACAAACCUAAAAUCUAAAAAUCUCAACUCAUUUCGAGAUUUCAAGAAUAAAAAAUCCAACUUUAACUCGACGGUCAUAACUCAAUCGUCAAGAUCUUGCUCAAGCCUGAAAAAAAUGUUCGCGUUUUCACCUCGAGAGAACUCAUCGUCCUCCCGUCAGCCUUCGACAUCACGUCGUAAUCGCUACACCCGCUCAUCGACAGCAAGCGUCACCCAGCUGCUGAGUGACUCGUGUUCAAACCUCCUCCAGCGAUUGACCACUAGAGUACGCGGUCCCUCGACAACAGUAGAUAGGCAAUCAACAGUGGCUCGUUCUCCUGUUCGUCCGACACGUGACCUUGGUACAACAAGAAGUCGAUUAGAAGACAAAUACCAGUCGAUAUUGGAUCGUUAUUCGAAGAAAAAGGAUGGUGACACUGUGAAUAAUAAUUACAAACGCAGCAAUACCAGGAAUAAUAAUGAAGUGUAUGUGAAGGACGAGUUGAGCCCUUUUACGAGGGAAGAGAAGACCCUGGAGCCAGAGCCUAAGCCUAGAAGCGUUGUUCUAACUGAAAAAGCUUAUCCUUAUGUAAGCACCGGUGGAAUUAAACGAGAAAAGACACCGGGGCAUCACAGACAGGAGAGGUCUAAACACUUGACAACGGAAUGUGUCACCAGGUAUGGAAGACAUAAGUCCGGGCAGAUUGAGAAUAGAAGCAGAAACAUUAGACCGCUUCAUCGAUCCGGUAAGAGUGAACAGCUGGAGGGCACCUUUGGUCGACCAAAGCCAAGAGAGUCAGAGGAUUGCAAUGGAGAUUCUGAUAGAACACCUACUCAGUGGAUUCCAGACACAAUCGAGGAUGAGACCAUCACCGAGAGAGAAGCCAAAAGGAAGGAGAUUCAGGAACUUAUCAUGAAGUAUUCAGCGAUUGAUGAGGCUUAUGGCAAAGUUUGGGGUGAUAAUGGCGAGACUAAACCCAGUACUGCUGAUAUUAUUGCCAGCAAGUAUCAGAGGAAAGGAAAGGGAUUGUGUUCGGUGGCUGAUGAGAAAUUUAAUGAGGGGAUGAUUAGCCCACGACAAUCAUCCGUCGAGGACGACGAGGACGGCCACCUUGUAUACCAAAAUGGCGACGUCCUGGCAAAUAGAUAUAAAGUACUGUCAACCCUGGGCGAAGGUACUUUUGGAAAAGUUGUCAAGGUUAAGGAUAUGCAAAUGGAUCACAUUAUGGCCUUGAAAAUCAUCAAGAAUGUUGAGAAGUACCGGGAAGCUGCUAAGCUGGAGAUUAAUGCACUUGAAAAAAUUGCAACGAAGGAUCCAGACUGUCAGCAUCUCUGUGUGAAAAUGCUGGACUGGUUCAAUCACCACGGACACAUGUGCAUCGCCUUUGAGAUGCUAGGACUUAGUGUGUUCGAUUUUCUGAGAGACAACAGUUAUCAACCUUACCCACUGGAUCACGUACGACAUAUGGGGUAUCAGCUGUGCUACGCUGUGAAAUUCCUCCACGACAACAAACUCACCCACACCGAUCUCAAACCCGAAAAUAUCUUGUUCGUUGACUCCGAUUUUGACAUUACAUACAACGCUAAAAAGCGUCUUCUGUUUAAGCGACGGGAUGUUCGACGCGUUAAGCGAACGGACAUACGUCUAAUCGAUUUUGGCAGCGCAACAUUCGAUCAUGAGCAUCAUAGCACCAUCGUCAGUACACGACACUACAGAGCACCUGAAGUUAUUCUCGAACUUGGAUGGUCCCAGCCGUGUGAUGUGUGGUCCAUUGGUUGCAUACUCUUUGAAUUGUACCUGGGAAUAACGUUGUUCCAAACACACGAUAAUCGUGAACAUCUUGCUAUGAUGGAGCGCAUACUUGGCACUAUUCCACAUCGUAUGGCGCGUAAAACAAAGACAAAGUACUUUUAUCACGGCAAAUUGGACUGGAAUGAUAAUAGCUCUGCUGGGAGAUACGUUAGGGAUAAUUGUAAACCAUUGCACCGUUAUUUGCUCUGCGAGGACGAGGAACAUAGACAACUAUUUGACUUGAUCCAGCACAUGUUGGAUUACGAGCCCUCUCAACGAAUAACCCUGAAGGACGCUCUCUCCCACCCUUUUUUCGACUCUCUCCCAGCCUCCCAGAGAAUAAUAGACGCACGAGCUGGUGGUGAUUCCCAAACUACACACGAGAGAUCUCAUUCGUUAUCCCGAUGAAGCUAGAAGUGGGGCCAAUCCUUUGACUGGUCAGACACAAAACUCAAACGAAUAUUCAACGCACUUUAUAAAAAAUUCAUAAUUCACCUUCGAAGGUACCUCUGAGAGCUCAGUUCCCUCGUUUAAAUCAAUUUUUAUUAUUUAAUUAAUAUAGAUCGAGGGAUAAAACGAGCAAAAAAGUAAUUAACGUGUCUGCUCAGUUGUAAGCGACUGGGUCCCAUCCCUCAAUCAGUUUAUUUUCUCUUCAAGUCUAUCAUUUGCGAUUGUAAUUACACAUUUUAUAAUGCUCUUCUGUAUAUUGUAUCCUAUUUUAUUAAUAACAAUUCAAGAGGGUAACGGAUGGAGGAAAUAAUUGUAAAGAUGGAAUACAGAUGGAGAUUUUGUUUUUUAGAAACUUUGAGUGAUUGAUAUUAAUUCUUUUUUUUUCUUUUCUUUUGUAAAUUGUUGACAAUGGUGAUGAAAUCUCCGCGAUUUCAAGGAAUUAAAUGAACCGUUAAACGACGUAAUGAGGUGUGAGUCAGUGAAUGGAGGUAUGACUGAUUUUUCAGGUUAUGAAAAUUGUGAUGCAUGAUGAAGCAUCAAUUCUUCGCUUAAUAAACUAAAUCAUGAUUUAA